CGGGAUGCAACGUGGCAGGCCGAGCAGGGGAAGGGAUGGGGCUGCCGGCGCCAAGGGAACACGAGGGACACCGGGGGCACUUCACAAACAUUUAAUGCAAAAGAGAAAAUCCUAGGAAAGGCAAAAGCAACAGCAACACGAGGCCACACGAGGCAUGUCCCAUUAUAGUGGGGUGACGCUGGCCCGAUGCCAGGCACCCACCAAAGCCGCUCUCUCACUGCCCUCCAAGGCCGGACAGAGCAGAUAAAAUUUAACCAGGGGUUUUGGAGUUGAGCUAAGGACCAGGAAAGAUCCCUUAUCAAACACUGUCACUGUUUCUCCUUCUUUCCUUGCUCCUGCUCCUGCUCUUCCUGCUCCUCCUUUUCCUCUCUCCCUUCUCCUCUUCCUUCUUAAUCCCACCUCCUCCCCAGUUCCUGCCUUCUGUAUAUUUAGAGUGGAGAACCUUACGUGUUCUUAGAACGAGAACAAAAAUCCCAGAUGGAACACUUCUUGCUGGUUGUAGUCAGAACUAUCAGUGCCUAAAGGUCAUGUCUCCUUUGCUCUGGUGCCGUCCUUGUUCCUCCUCAGUGUUCAGGCUGGGCUAUGGGGUGUCCUUGUUUGCUGCAUUUUCAGAGUUCCUCUUGGAUCUUUGGGCCAUAGGCUGUGCCCUGGGAGGGUUCUUUGUGCUCCUUUGUGACACAGGAGAACCUCCCAGGCGGUUUCUGCGUGAGCUGCUGCUGUGAUGUCACAGGAACACUACCACGUCCCCGUGGUGUUCCCGUUGCUGUGGGACACAGAGGCCUCAGUGUCCAGAGUGGCUGUGGGCACUGCUCGUUGCCGGAGGAUCCUCCUGCCCGAGGCAUUCUCAGCAGCCAGCCCACCCCUGACGGGUCUCCUUCUGUGCUUGCAGGGCUACAGUCAGCAGACGUGUGCAGCGCAGCCAAAAUGAUCCAGCACGUGGUUGCUGCAGUUUGCACGCUGUACUCUGUGGCAUAUUUGGGGUAUUUUUUAACCCACUUGGCACGGCACCUCAUGUGUGGAUCCCGAGCAGCUUCUCCUUCGGGCACAAAAGCAGCACCAGCACCUCCUCUGGCUCCCUCUGCUUCCAAAGAGGAGGCCAAAGAGGAGGAAGAGAGCAGUGAGCUUCCCGCUGUUCUGGGGGACGAUGGUGAACUUCCCUCAGUGCCGGGAGAUGAGGGUGAACUUCCCGCUGUUCUGGGAGACGAGGGCGAACAUCCCGCGGUGUGGGAAUACAACGGCGAGGCUCCCGCGGUGGGGGACAAGGACAGUGGACAUCUCCUGGCGUGGGACAAGGACGGUGGAUGUCCCCUGGUGUGGGACGAGAAUGGCCAAGCUCCUGUCAUGUUGGAUGAGGAUGAUGGACAUCUCCUGGUGUGGGAUGAGGACAGAGGACAUCCUGUGGCUUGGGAAGAGGAGGAUGAACUUCUCCCGGCAUGGGAAGUGGACAGUCAAUGUCCCAUGGCUUGGAAAGAUGAUGGCGAACCUGCAGCAUUUUGGGAAGAGGGUGGAGAACCUCCCUGGGCUUAGGAAGAGGACACUGAACCUCCCUCCGCAGUGGGAUGCUGGGCUGAACAUUCUGACAGCAGCACAGCCCUGCAGCCAGAGGGGAGAGGGGAGUGGUACCUGACGCAGCUGAGUACGUCUGCUCUGUUCCUGUGUGCCAGAGCAGGCUGCUGUGUGUGUGUCUCAGCAUCAGCUGCACCCAGUGUUGCUCUGCAGCUGAAUGUCCCAGGGCCAUUGAUUGUCCUUCCCCAGCUGAGACCAAGGGGCUGACGGCCCCAAGGAGGGGGGCUGCAUUCUGGCUCUGCUGCAAGGCGGGGUCUCACUCUGGGAGGGAGCGUCUUCCACGUGGUUUCUUUCAGCGAACAGCGUGAGCCUGGUGGAGCCUGCCGAGAAAUACCUCUAAGUGGAGCAGAUUGGCCAAGGGGCUUUCGGAACCAUUUCUAAAGGACUCAACAGGGCCACAGGAGGAGAGGUGGCCAUAAAGAAAAUGAGUCUCAGAGGGCAGAACAGGGAACGAGCGGUGAAUGAGCUCCUGCUCCUGAAGGACAAGAAGAACCCCAACAUUGUCAACUCUUUGGACAGCUUCCUUAUUGAUGGAGAUCUCUGGCUGGUGAUGGAAUACAUGGAUGGAGGAACUUUGCAGGACGUUGUCACACAGACAUGCAUGGCUGAAGGAGAGAUGGCAGCUGUCAGUCGGGAGUGUCUGCAGGGCCUGGAUUUCCUCCAUGCGAACCGGGUGAUCCACAGAGAUCUGAAGAGCUCCAACAUCCUUCUGGGAAUGGAUGGCUCUGUCAAGCUGGCUGAUUUUGGCCUCUGCGCUCAGCUCAGCCCUGAGCAGGACCAGUGCAGCUCCAUGGUGGGCACUGCUCACUGGAUGGCCCCAGAAGUUGUCAGCAGUUCUCCUUAUGGCCCCAAGGUGGACAUCUGGUCCUUUGGCAUUGUGACCAUCGAGAUGGUGGAAGGAAAACCUCCUUACUUCAAGGAAACGAGGGCCAUGGCUCGUGCUCUGAUCCGUCAGAACGGGACCCCGCAGCUACAGGAGCCCAGGUGCCUGUCAGCUCUGCUGCGGGACUUCCUUGAGUGCAGCCUGGAGCCGGACGAGGAGCGGCGCUGGUCUGCCCAGGAGCUGCUGCAGCACCCAUUUUUAUCAUCAGCCAAGCCUCUCUCCAGCCUGAUCACCGCAGCCAAGCAACUGAGGGAGCAGUGGAGGAGAUGAAGCACUGGAAGACAGCUUUUAGUUACAGUAGUUAGUAAGGACAACUAGUUAGUCAUGGUAGUUAGCAGUGCUAGUUAUGGUUAUGGUAGUUAGGACAGCCUGUUUGUUACGGUUCUUAUGACAGCCUGUUUGGUAUGGCAGUUUUUUGAAUAAAAAUUC